CCCUCCCUCUUCCACUUCCUGUAAACAAAGCAGAAGCAGCUGUCAGGGGGGAUUCCUGUGUUUUCGCUAAUUUUCCACAUCUACUUCAGCGUUUCCGACGAUGGCCCAGGCAGGAGUGGUCCUCGACAAGGACCAGUUUAACUGUUCCAUAUGUCUGGACGUGUUAAAGUCUCCGGUGACCAUCCCCUGCGGGCACAGUUACUGCUCAGGCUGCAUCCAGAACUACUGGGACCAGGACGACUACCUGGGCAUUUUUGUGUGUCCGCAGUGUCGGCGGAGCUUUAACCCGAGGCCGGUGCUCGCCAGGAACACCAUGUUAGCCGACGUGGUGGAAAAAUUUAAAAACACCGGACUUCAGGACGUAACGACUCCCGUAAGCCCAAGUUUUGCGGAGGCGGACGAUGUGGAAUGUGACGUGUGUCCAGGGAGGAAAAACAAAGCUGUCAAGUCAUGUCUGGUGUGUUUGGCCUCCUACUGUGAGCUCCACGUCCAGCCCCACUACGAGUCUGCCGCUUUCAAGAAGCACAAGCUGGUGUCGGCCUCUAAAAAACUCCAGGAGACCAUUUGUCCCCGUCAUGAUAAGCUGCUGGAGGUGUACUGCCGCACCGACAGCCAGUGUAUCUGCUACCUGUGUCUGACUGAUGAACACAAAGGGCACGACACGGUGCUGGUGGAUAAAGAAAUACAAGAAAAACAGACGCAGCUUGGUGAGAUGAAGCAGAACUCUCAGCUGAAAAUCCAGCAAAGAGAAAAAGAGGCCCAGGAGCUGAGGCAGGCCAUUUUUUCUCUCACUCGUUCUGCUCGGGCAGCAUCUGAGGAGACCGACAAGGUUUUUACGGAACUGAUUCGGUCAAUCGAGCUGAAGCGUUUCGAGGUCAGAGAGCUGAUCAGAGCGCAGGAGAAGACGGCUGUAGGUCAGGCCGAACAGCUGCUGGACAAAAUCCAGAGGGAAAUCGCAGAACUAAAGAAGAACGAGGCUGAAAUAGAUAAAGUUUCUCACACUGAGGAUCAUGUUGCUUUUCUGCAGAGUUGUCAGUCUAUCCAACCCCCACCAGUGUUGUCAGCUUUACCAUCAGUCAUCGCCGACCCCAGCUUCACCUUUGGCCCCGCCAUGACAGCCGUGUCAGAUUUUAAAGGACUGUUACAAGAGGUGUGCCAAGGAGGAUUUGUCAGCAUCUAUGAGAGAGUGAGAGAUGUAGGGAUUGUAGGGGUUCCAAAUCCUGGUAUGCAGGUAGAAACUGCACAGCCCACCGAGGGGGAAUCAGCUGCACAAAUGGGUGCGACAUUAGCGAUCCCUUCACCCGGUCUAGAUCAAAGCCCUGUGAACCCUCUCAACCCUUUCCUCAACCCAGGACCUGCUGUGCCUAAUUUUGUCUUCAGCACAUUAGGCUCCAAACUGUCCUCGGGAUCCAGACAGAGGCACUUUCAGCGACGCCCUCACCCCAGGAGGAAAUGAGAUUCGUAGCAGACAUCGAAAUCAGAAUUUGAAAUACACAGACGUGAUUAUACUUGAGUGCUUUCUGCGAUUAUCUUGACCUCACACAUCUAUACCGGCUAAUACGCACUACGAACUGUCUAUCAUUUGGUAUUAGUUGUAUUUACCAAUUAACUUAAUCAACUUAAUGAUGACAAUGCAUUUCCUUAUUGUAUAAAGCAUGUCAAAGAUGGCCUAAACUUAUUGUAAUUUUUCAGUAUUUUCAAAAGAGCUGCCUUAUAAUUUCAGUUUUAUAGUUUUUAUGAAGCUAUCCUUUUUUUUAAUUAAACAUGUUUAGUCAACUCUAAUUAUUUUUGCUGUGUUAUGUAUUAGCUCUGUUACAUGCUGCCAUUAAAAACAAAGGCUUGUAUAAAGUA